AUGAGUGUGUGCGACUUUCUGGAGAGCUCUAGAGCCUUUGAGAAAAAAGCACAACACAACUAACCUCUCUCGCUCUUUAUUAGCUACCUAAACCUUUGUUGUUGUCGUUUGUAAAAAAAGAGGAAGAAAACCCAGAUGAAGAAGAUGUUGAUGAUGAAGAAAAUGAAGAGAAAAGACCUUGAGCUUGAUGAAUUCAGUGAUGACUUCUCUGACUUUUCUCUUUCUGCUCCAGCUCGAAAGAUUCGCCGCUUGGAUGCUGAGUUGCCACCAAUAAUGGAGGAGGAAGAAGCAGCAGUUGAGGAUUUGGAAUUAUCGCCUAACAAUGAAGAAAUGGCUAUUGUUCUUUUUAAGCCUGUGAAUGCACCUUUUAUACAACAUUCACCUUCCAAUCUUUCGUUUUCUGUUGAUUCUGAGCUUAUUUCUGGCUUUAAGAAGGAUCAAUUUCUUCAGAAAAGGCAGUCUGGUCCCAUAAGCUCUGCUGAUGAAGAAGAAGCUAGUAAUGCGGCCACAAGAGGUUGUUUGGCUGUUGUUCCUUGGGUUCCCUCUCAGCUUCCUCCUAUGCCAGCCACGCAAAUGGAAGCUCCUGAAGCUUCAGAGUUGAUGGAGGCUGAAGAAACAGGAGCAACAACAAUGGAUAUUGAAGAAGACUACAACAAUCCGGGAAUAGGGCAAGUGCACCCAAGUGUAAAUGUGUGUGGUGAAAUGCCUGGAAGUGAGGGGUUACAUCAGUGGCAGCAACAACACUGCAUGAUGCCGCAGUUUCCUCAGAACACUUCCACUCCCAUUACAUGGUUUCGAUGAUAAUUUAAGAAAUUGCAUUUUGUAUUUGUAGGGUGCAUCUCCAUUUUAAAUUUUUUUUUGUUGUAAUCGAGAGUGGAGCUGCCGAGCUAGGACCCAUGUAGCAGUUAAGGGGAUUAGAAAUUGGGAAUGUCCUUCAACAAUCAACAUGGGCAUUUUGGAUGGGAACUCCUUGUAAAAAGAGAAGAAAAAAAUGAAAAUAGAGCUAUAAUGUGCAAUCAAUGUAGAAAUUCUUGUGUUUUAAUUGCAAGAAUGGUUUUGCAUUCUCUUA